CGGCACCCGUACUAUCCCACUCAUGCGCAGUGCGUCGUUUCAAACCAGUCACAUGUGGGUGUUUGUAGCUGAACACACGUGUGAACACCGGCUACCACUUUAACUGUUUGUUAACGCGACGCACAUCAUGGCGAAGACAGACACUCCGAGACGCAAAACAAGACAAAGUCAAGUUGUCACAGAUGAAGUUGGAGAAGGGCCCAACACUGAAGAACAGACUAAGACUGUCUGUUCAAGUGAACUACCUGUUGUCACAGAAGAGGGUGCUGCCACAGGGAGCACAGAGACGAAACAGGAGGAGAAGAACCAAGAUGAACAAGAUGCUCAGAUGGACUGCGUUAUCGAAGUAAAGGGAAGCACACCCACUGUGGCUGUAUCCUGGGAGAAGACGAAUGAAGGAGAGGGUGAUGAUUCAGAAAAGAGAAGCAAUCCAAGUGAUCAGCUGACUGACCAGGAGAUGAAGGGGAGUGAAUCUCAAAUGGACACUGCCACUGGAGAGAAUGAAAGUACAACCACAGUAACUGAAACUGGGACAGAGAAGCCUGAAGGACAGAGCAUCUCUAUUCAACAGGAAACCAAUGGAAAUGAACAGAUGGUUGUUGAAGAGAAAACAGUGAAAACAAGGAAACGGAAAAGCAAGGCACAAGCUAACGUUGAGACUUCUCCAGCAAAGAAAACAAAGAUCAUCAAUGACGGUUUUUGUCUUUAUGUUGGCAACCUGAACAACACCAAAACAUUUGAAGAGGUGAAAGAUUCAUUAGCAAACUACUUCAUGACACAAAGUCUUCUGUUUCAAGACAUCAGAUUAGACCGGUCCAAAAAACACGCACAUGUAGAUUUGGCCUCCGAGAUGGACCUGACCAAAGCCUUGACGUUGAACGGAGAGAUUAUCCUGGAGAAGCCAGUGAGGAUUGCCAAAGCAAAGGUCAAAAGUGCUGUCACAGUGCCAACACCGGAGGAAAAAAAAGCUGCCAGAGAUACCCGAUGUUUGUUCGUGAAGAACCUGUCAUUCACUGCAACAAAAGCAGACAUUCAGAAAAUCUUCCAAAGCGCCAUCAACGUCAGGUUUCCUGAUCGAGCUCAAGGACCAAGCAAAGGGAUUGCCUUUGUGGAGUUUAAAAAUCCAGCCAUUGCCAAGGAUGUACAGAAGAAAAUGCAAGGAGUCAAGAUCGAAGAUCGAGUUUUGAUUGUGGACUUUGUCGGAGAAACAAACGUGACUAAAGUCAGCAAAGCUUCUGACGCCAAAAGCAACACAAAAGCUGUUGCUUCUCCAAACAACACGUUAUUUGUGAGCAACAUGUCAUACGACUUGAAAGAAAAAACCCUCAAGAAAUUAUUCCAGAAAGCUAUUGACAUCAAAAUGCCUCAAAGCCAAGGCAAAUCAAAGGGAUAUGCGUUUGUUGAGUUCGCAACCGUGGCAGAAGCUGAAAAGGCCUUAAAAUCCACCCAAAAGGUCAACAUCUUCAAGAGGACAAUCAGAGUGCAAUUCUUUGAAAUGAGAGCGGACUCAGAUAAGACAAAAGCGGAUUUAAAAACACUGAUAAUAAAGAACCUUUCUGAGAAGACGACUGCGGAGACUCUGAAAAGUGCCUUCGAAGGAGCCCUCACUGCAAGAGUCGCUGUGGAUAAAGAGACCGGAGCUUCAAAGAUGUUUGGUUUUGUGGCGUUUGAGAGUGAAGAAAAUUGCAAAGCUGCCAAAGAAGCCAUGAAAGACUGUGAGAUAGAUGGCAGCAAAGUGACUGUGGCUUACACAAAACCAAAGGUGGAGCAAGACGCCAAAGGAUUGUUGUCGGGACAUCCCGGUGGUCAGCCUGCAGGUCGGGGCAGAGAUAGAGGAGUGGAUUUAAAAACACUGAUAAUAAAGAACCUUUCUGAGAAGACGACUGCAGAGACUCUGAAAAGUGCCGUCGAAGGAGCCCUCACUGCAAGAGUCACUUUGAAUAAAGAGACCGGAGCUUCAAAGAGGUUUGGUUUUGUGGAGUUUGAGAGUGAAGAAAAUUGCAAAGCUGCCAAAGAAGCCAUGACAGGCUGUGAGAUAGAUGGCAGCAAAGUGACUGUGGCUUACGCAAAACCAAAGGGAGAGCAAAGCGUCAAAGGAGGGAUGGCUGGACCUCCCGGUGGUAAGCCUGCAGGUCGGGCCAGAGAUCGAAGCAGCAGCACAGCAGUGGAUUUAAAAACGCUGGUAAUAAAGAACCUUUCUGAGAAGACGACUGCAGAGACUCUGAAAAGUGCCGUCAAAGAAGCCGUCACUGCAAGAGUCAUUCUGGAUAAAGAGACCGGAGCUUCAAAGAGGUUUGGUUUUGUGGAGUUUGAGAGUGAAGAAAAUUGCAAAGCUGUCAAAGAAGCCAUGGAAGACUGUGAGAUAGAUGGCAGCAAAGUGACUGUGGCUUACGCAAAACCAAAGGUGGAGCAAGACGCCAAAGGAGGGAUGGCUGGCAGAGAUGGAAGUGGCAACAGAGGAGGAAGAAGACGUAGAGCCAGGACACCACAGGGAACUGUGGAACAAGUGACAAAUAAAGUCUAACUUUGUACAAGACUCUGACUUUGGGUGGAUGUACAGACAAAGUUUGUGAGGCUGUGAACAUGUGUACAAUAUUGUUUGUCCUGACUGUAGAACAUGUGGCAUUGUGUCAUUUUUAUUUUCUAUUAAUUCAUAGCUACUAUGAAGACAUAAGUAAGAAGCCUGACUUGUUUUACCAUUUAUGCAGGUUUGUCAUGUGAAAUGUUGAAGAUUGAAUCUGCUUGUAAUCAUGUGAAGAUAAAGAUUUUAAAAUGUGA